AUGCCCAAUUAUACCAUAGUGAUGGAAUUUCUCCUGAUGGGAUUUUCUGAUGUUUGGGAACUACGGGUUUUGCAUGCUGUAUCCUUCUCUCUGAUGUAUUUCAUGACUCUCAUUGGGAAUUUUCUAAUUGUUAUUGUCACCACUCUGGACAAGAGCCUUCACACCCACAUGUACUUCUUUCUCAGGAAUCUGUCCAUCUUGGAUGCAUGUUACAUUUCUGUAAUGGUCCCUAAUUCAUGUGUCAACUCCUUGCUUGACAGCAGUAUGAUUUCAAAGGCAGGGUGUGUAACUCAAGUUUUCCUAGUGGUUUUUUUUGCAUGUGUGGAGAUGCUGUUCCUCACCAUCAUGGCCCAUGACCGCUAUGUGGCCAUCUGCCAGCCUCUCCACUACCCUGUGAUCAUGAACCCUCAAGCCUGUGUCCAGAUGACACUGGCUUCCAUCCUCAGUGGUCUGGUCUACUCAGGAUUCCACACAGGCAUCACUUUCACACUGCCAUUUUGUCAGUCCAACAUUCAUCAGGUUUUCUGUGACAUCCCCUCUCUGCUGAAGCUCUCCUGUUCUGACACCUUCAGCAAUGAGAUCAUAAGCCUUGCCUCUGCUCUGGUGAUUGGUGGUGGCUCUUUUGUCUUCAUCAUCAGGUCUUACAUUCACAUAUUUUCUACGGUGCUCAGGUUCCCAAGUGGAACUGAUAGAGCAAAGGCCUUUUCCACCUGUAUCCCUCAUAUCCUUGUGGUGUCUGUCUUCCUUAGCUCAAGCUUCUAUGUGUACCUAAGGCCAUCUGCAAUCUCUGCAACCAUCCAGGAUAUGGUCCUUUCUGUGUUCUAUUCUGUAAUUCCCCCCCUCUUCAACCCAAUAAUCUAUACUCUUAGGAAUGAACAAAUAAAAUAUGCCAUCAGGAAAAUCAUAAAAAAAAAAAUAUUUUAAUCAGGAAAUUUAUAGGAAAUUGCUUAUGAUCACCCUAUUUAUAGGUGAAAUUUAUGUUUUCAGCAAUAAAUUGAGAUUAUUGUUUGGAAUUAUAUGAAU